GGGCGUGAAAACUCUCUGGAGACGUAAACAUCUCCAAGUGGACAGAGCGGGUUCGCCAGGCCAUUUUAUUGUCUGGGCUGUACCUGGAAAAGGGCGCGGUGGCUUCCUUGAAGUGUGAAAGACGAGAAAAAGCACCGGUUCUUGUCAUCGCCGUCCGUCCGCCGCUGCCGCCCCCGCAAGGCUUCGCCGUCGCCGGAGCCACUUCCAGCGACUCGCCGCACUCGAUUCUCUCCGCUUCGCUUCCCGCCAACCGCAACCAUUGACGCCAUGUCGGGUUAUUCGAGUGACCGAGACCGCGGCCGGGAUCGAGGGUUUGGUGCCCCUCGAUUUGGAGGAAGUAGGGCAGGGCCCUUAUCUGGAAAGAAGUUUGGAAACCCUGGGGAGAAACUGGUUAAAAAGAAGUGGAAUCUUGAUGAGCUGCCCAAAUUUGAGAAGAAUUUUUAUCAGGAACACCCUGAUUUGGCUAGGCGUACAGCACAAGAGGUAGAGACAUACAGAAGAAGCAAGGAAAUUACAGUCAGAGGUCACAACUGUCCAAAGCCAGUUCUGAAUUUUUAUGAAGCGAACUUCCCUGCAAACGUCAUGGAUGUGAUUGCAAGGCAGAACUUUACUGAACCCACAGCUAUUCAAGCUCAGGGAUGGCCAGUUGCUCUAAGUGGAUUGGAUAUGGUUGGGGUAGCACAAACUGGAUCUGGGAAGACAUUGUCUUAUUUGCUGCCUGCCAUUGUCCACAUCAAUCAUCAGCCAUUUCUAGAGAGAGGUGAUGGGCCUAUUUGCUUGGUGCUGGCACCAACUCGGGAACUGGCCCAACAGGUACAGCAAGUAGCUGCUGAAUACUGUAGAGCAUGUCGCUUGAAGUCCACUUGUAUUUAUGGUGGUGCUCCCAAGGGACCACAGAUACGUGAUUUGGAGAGAGGUGUGGAAAUCUGUAUUGCAACACCUGGAAGACUGAUUGACUUCUUAGAAUGUGGGAAAACCAAUCUAAGAAGAACCACCUACCUUGUCCUUGAUGAAGCAGAUAGAAUGCUUGAUAUGGGAUUCGAACCCCAAAUAAGGAAGAUUGUGGAUCAGAUAAGACCUGAUAGGCAAACCCUAAUGUGGAGUGCUACUUGGCCAAAAGAAGUAAGACAGCUUGCUGAAGAUUUCUUGAAAGACUAUAUUCAUAUAAACAUUGGUGCACUAGAACUGAGUGCAAAUCACAACAUUCUGCAGAUUGUGGAUGUGUGUCAUGACGUAGAAAAGGAUGAAAAGCUUAUUCGUUUAAUGGAAGAGAUCAUGAGUGAGAAGGAGAAUAAAACCAUUGUUUUCGUUGAAACCAAAAGAAGAUGUGAUGAACUCACUAGAAAAAUGAGGAGAGAUGGGUGGCCUGCCAUGGGUAUCCAUGGUGACAAGAGUCAACAGGAGCGUGACUGGGUUCUAAAUGAAUUCAAACAUGGAAAGGCUCCUAUUCUGAUUGCUACAGAUGUGGCCUCCAGAGGGCUAGAUGUGGAAGAUGUGAAAUUUGUCAUCAAUUAUGACUACCCUAACUCCUCAGAGGAUUAUAUUCAUCGAAUUGGAAGAACUGCUCGCAGUACCAAAACAGGCACAGCAUACACUUUCUUUACACCUAAUAACAUAAAGCAAGUGAGCGACCUUAUCUCUGUGCUUCGUGAAGCUAAUCAAGCAAUUAAUCCCAAAUUGCUUCAGUUGGUCGAAGACAGAGGUUCAGGUCGUUCCAGGGGUAGAGGAGGCAUGAAGGAUGACCGUCGGGACAGAUACUCUGCGGGCAAAAGGGGUGGAUUUAAUACAUUUAGAGACAGGGAAAAUUAUGACCGAGGUUACUCUAGUCUGCUUAAGAGAGAUUUUGGGGCAAAAACUCAAAAUGGUGUUUACAGUGCUGCAAAUUACACCAAUGGGAGCUUUGGAAGUAAUUUUGUGUCUGCUGGUAUACAGACCAGUUUUAGGACUGGUAAUCCAACAGGGACUUACCAGAAUGGUUAUGACAGCACUCAGCAAUAUGGAAGUAAUGUUCCAAAUAUGCACAAUGGUAUGAACCAACAGGCAUAUGCAUAUCCUGCUACUGCAGCUGCGCCUAUGAUUGGUUAUCCAAUGCCAACAGGAUAUUCUCAAUAAGACUUUAGAAGUAUAUGUAAAUGUUUGUUUUUCAUAAUUGCUCUUUAUAUCGUGUGUUACCAGACAAGAUAGUUAUUUAAGAAACAUGGGAAAUGCAGAAAUGACUGCAGUGCAGCAGUAAUUAUGGUGCACUUUUUCGCUAUUUAAGUUGGAUAUUUCUCUACAUUCCUGAAACAAUUUUUAGGUUUUUUUUGUACUAGAAAAUGCAGGCAGUGUUUUCACAAAAGUAAAUGUACAGUGAUUUGAAAUACAAUAAAUGAAGGCAAUGCAUGGCCUUCCAAUAAAAAAUAUUUGAAGACUGAAUUAAGUGGAAAUG